AUGUCCAAUCCAACCUCUUUUCGUGCAGUUUACAAGGUGCUAGAUCACCAAGAGAUUGAUGUGGACGUGUAUCUACCGCCAGCCCGCACCGACCCCGGCGCUCGUUAUCCAGCAAUCAUUGAUAUCCACGGGGGUGCUUUCAUGCUUGGGUCUUCGGACCUAGUCAAUAAAGAUCAGAUCCGGGACUGUAUCGACAGAGGGUGGAUAGUCCUCGUGCCGAACCACAGGCUCUGUCCCCAGGUAAACCUCCUGGAAGGGCCAAUCCAAGACUGCCGCGACUUGCUUGCUUGGAUACACAGCGGAGGUCUAGAGAAAGCCAUAGCAGGGCAGACGACAACGCCUUACCUAGUUGACCUAGAUAGGAUCCUUGCAUUUGGUACCUCGUCCGGAGGCACACUGGCUUUGUGCUUGGGUUUCGAUGUCCCCAAACCGGUGGCGGCGAUCUACUCCAUGUACGGUCCAUGCAACUUUUCCCAUCCUCACUGGACGACGCCCCUUCCCCAAGUAGCCCCAUCCCUCCCACAAGACGUCCCCGAGUCCUUUUUCAGGCCCAUGUGGGAAGAAUCCCCCGUACCAAUCCGGGGCGUCGUCUCCCUCGAGGGACAGAAAAGCACACCCACAGGAGCCCCUGACUUCAACGACCCACGCCAGGCAUUUGCCUUUAAGCAGAUCAAGGAGGGAGCCGUGUUCGAUACCAUCUUCCCGUCUAGGGAGUGGAAAAAGGUGGAUCCGCUGCUGAAUAUCACGCCGGCUUUCCCUCCCACGGCUAUCGUUCAUGGAUCGGAUGAUGUCAUGGUUCCCAUACAGCUGAGCAAGGACCUGUUCGAGGAGCUGGGGAGGAAGGGAGUAAAGGCUUCCAUGAUUACGGUGGAUGGUGAAGGCCAUACAUUUGCUGCUAAGAUGAAGGUUGGAUCCAGGACUUGGUUGGCUCAGCGGGAAGGAUUCGACUUCUUAGAGAGGGUGAUUCAAUAA